GUUUUAUGGUCGUGGAGAGGGAGGACAAAUCCCAAACCAGCUUUUAACACAAAUACCUGAAAAGUAAAUGUAGUCUUGAAAAAGCUUUCCUGGCUCAUUUGGUAUCCCUGCUACUCCUCUGGAGACAUCAGAUUAUUCCAUCCUGAGACGAGUAAUCUUUAGAGAAGGCUUCACUGCUGCACUUCUGCAGGAAAUUACUCUCUUGCCAGCUGAAAGUAAACCAGUUCUUCAUGUGAAUGAUCUGUGUGAGCAGCAAAGGUGCAGCUGCGUAAAUGAGUAUGGAAGAUUAUGAUUUCCUCUUCAAAAUUGUUUUAAUCGGCAACGCCGGGGUGGGGAAGACCUGCUUAGUCCGUCGCUUCACUCAGGGGCUUUUCCCACCAGGGCAAGGAGCCACGAUUGGGGUUGACUUUAUGAUUAAAACUGUGGAGAUAAACGGUGAAAAAGUAAAGCUGCAGAUCUGGGACACGGCGGGCCAGGAACGGUUCCGGUCCAUCACGCAGAGCUACUACCGCAGCGCCAACGCGCUGAUCCUGACCUACGACAUCACCUGCGAGGAGUCCUUCCGCUGCCUGCCCGAGUGGCUGCGUGAGAUCGAGCAGUACGCCAGCAACAAGGUCAUCACCGUGCUCGUGGGUAAUAAGAUUGAUUUAGCUGAUAAGAGGGAAGUCUCCCAGCAAAGAGCUGCAGAGUUUUCUGAAGCACAGGACAUGUACUAUCUGGAAACGUCAGCAAAAGAAUCGGAUAAUGUGGAGAAACUCUUCCUGGACUUGGCCUGCCGGCUGAUCAGCGAGGCACGACAGAACACCCUUGUGAACAAUGUCUCAUCCCCCUUACCAGGAGAGGGGAAAAGCAUCAGCUACUUGACUUGCUGUAAUUUUAAUUAAAGUGCUGGCAUGUGGUUGCCCCUUCUGCCAUGGGCCAAGUGGAUUUUUUUUUUUCUAUGCUGGGAUUUAUCUACUUGAAGGAGUUCCUGCCAAUCAGACCCAUCUGGCUUACUCAGAGUCAGGUUACAGUCCUGGAAGCAUUGCAGGCUGAUGGUUCCAGCUGCAUGGCAAUGUAGCAGAAUACAACAGGGUUUAAAUUUCAUUUUUCUUGCAGUCUGUGGAGCAGAUCAGAAAAGGAAGAGUUGCACAAGUGCUUCAUGUAAUGCAGAACAUGAGCUGUUUUGUUUCCUUCUGUGCGAGAGUAGACCAGCCUUUGUUGAAGAUACUGAAGAGAUCAAAAUCUCUCUUACAGAACAAUGUGUUUGACCCUUUUUAAAGUAAAACAAAGUAAGAAGAAACGCAACAAUGAACACUGACUUUGGACUACCCUGGCAAUCUUCUGGGCUGUCAGUGAGCGAGCUCGUAGGAUGUGUACAUAACGUCUGCCCCUGCGUCUUCAUGGAGGACUCUGGUGUUUGAAAUAGUGUUAUGUCUCUCAUCUACAGGCACUUUCAUGAAUGUGGAAUAAACAAAAAAGUUACAUAUAGCAGCAUUUUCAAGACUGAAGGAGACAUGGAUGCGGCUCAGUUGCUCCCUUUGGUGCUAGCAGUUCAGCAAAUAUUCCAUAGGCCAAAUGUAGUCUUACGACAUUACUGUCUUCUGAAUGUGUAACUUAGACUGGUUAGGAAAAAACACUAAUAAGCACUGUUCAUAAAAAAAAAAAAAAAACAAACUCAUUACCUCUUUUUCUAGGCCGGAACAUAGUGGGAAAGGACUGUGUGCUUCUUUGAUAUCCAAGAAAGGAUGAAAAGACUUUCCAGAAAUAAAAAUAAAUAAAUAAAUUAACCAUUCCUCCUCUAA